AUGUCGACCGAAUCCGUUCUUCCUGCCGGUGCUAUAACCCUACGUGACAACGAAGCGAGCGAAUUCGAUGACCGCAAUAGCGCCUGUUGGGCCAAGAGUGUUGAGAUUGUCAGCUAUACCAUUGUCAACGGCAGUGCAACAAAUAUUGGGGCCUUUGUGGUGUGGAAUAUCCGUGUCGAGGCUCUCAAUGGGAGUUACAUGAAUAUUCGUAAACGGUAUUCGGAGUUUGACGACUUUCGAUAUCGGUUGGUUCAGACUUUCCCCGGAUUCGAGGCAGCUGUUCCGGCACUUCCGCCCAAGAGUGUCAUCUCCAAGUUUCGACCCAGAUUUCUCGAGAAAAGGCGGGCAGGCCUACAAUACUUUCUGAAUUGCAUAUUGUUAAAUCCAGAAUUUUCUGGGUCGCCAGUCCUCAAAGAGUUCCUCUUUGCAUAG